UAGAGCGAGGAUCUUUAGUGAUCAGUUUCAAACGCGUUCUAGCGUCGCUUCAAUGAACGCGCCAGCAUCGAUGUCAUUCGUCGGCGCUUCAUUUAUGCACGAUCCGCGGCGCGCGCGUUGGAAAAACUGUAUCUUGCAAAAGAAUGGAAAUCUACUAGUACAUUUUACACACAGCAAAAGUGCUUCUUCGUGCGCUGACUUGGUCGCUAUUUUCUCUUCCGUCUUUCUGUGUGAGCUCGAAUGUCAGUGGAAUAAUUAGAAAUAGAGCGUUUGCUUUAACUCUCUACUUCGGUCUCGUAACGUCAACGACGUCGCCUCUCUUUUUUUUCGCUCUUGGCUGGAGGUUCACUGGAAUAUAAGCGCAGUGAGUUUGAGAAGCGGCAUUUCUCGCGCCGCGCUCGAGACGUGUGCGGAUCUAGCAACGGCUAAUCCAUGACCACAUCAGCGCGCGCUGGACGUCGCUGACAGCUCUUACUAUUAAGUUAACAGAUAACGUUUUUAUGAGUCAUAACCAAUGAAUGUGAAACUAAAUAAUACAAUUUUCCUUAAAAAAUGUUUUUCUAAAUGAGAGAACUCACAUCAACGCCAUGUGAAUGUGGCAUUUUUCGGAGAUUUUUUUCUGUGAGAGGACGUUUUUUCCGUUACGAUGUACUUCGAAUAACCGACUUUUCCCUGCUCGCGUUCGUUUUUAUCCCAUUUAAUAACGAUGGCCAACGAAAUUCGCUUUGAAAAUCGGAAUAUUGUGGAGAAAUACAUCAAUAUCAAACUUUCAAAGAGGGGAUAUGUGUGGAAAUCUCAAUCUUCUGGGGAGGAUGAUGACACCGUCAAUAAAGGAGUCGAGGACUCCUCUCUAAACUCUGACAGGAGGCUCCAGGCUCCCUCAGCCGGCGGGGGGAAUGACUCUGAAUGCCUAAUAGCUCACCGGGUCACUCGUUCAGACCCUUAUUCAAGGAUCUACCGGGCGCUACGCGAGGCUGGGGACGAGAUAGAAAGGAUGUACCAGCGUGAAUUUGAGGAGAUGUCCCACCGCUUUAUAUUCAGUACCAAUACAACGCAACGCAGCUUCUUAGCCGUGGCAGAAGAGCUCUUUAGAGACGGAGUGAACUGGGGGCGGAUCAUCGCUUUCUUUGAGUUUGGUGGGACUAUGUGUGUGGAGAGCGUCAACCGGGAAAUGGCGUCCCAGGUAGAUAAUAUUGCACACUGGAUGACAGACUACCUGAACGGGCCUCUGGAAAACUGGAUCGAGGAAAAUGGAGGCUGGGAAGCCUUCGUGGAGUUGUACGGUCAGCAGAGAGACUCUGUGUUCCACCCAUUUUCGUCCCUAACAAAAGUACUUGGAUUGGCAGUGCUUGGCCUGGCAGGAGUGACCAUCGGAGCCUUUUUUGCUCAGAAGUGAUGGCUCUAUGGGUCUCUUCACCAAACUAUCUCACUUUCUCUGCCUGUCUCUCCUCUUCAGCUUAUCAAAGCAUCUUUCAGUGCCACACUGUCCCGCCAAGCCCAGCACCAGUGCCCUUCAAAAGGCUGCAGCUGAUUUGACGCCCAUCCAGCCACAGGGGCUGUUGCGCUCAUGCGCCUUCACCCUUUCUGGUGUGAAAAAAAAGCAAAGGAAAAAGAAUACAGAAUGAGGACUCCCAGGAACACUCGCACACUUUGACUAUGAUGCUCAUCACUGCCAUGUACAGCUGCACUCGCACAGAGAUCGACACGCAAAACACGUGCACACACAAAAACUCUUGCUCGCCUGCUUCGUAUGGAGGCAAAAAGAAAAAAAAAACAUUUUAUCUUUAAAGUUUGUUUCUUAUGUACAAACCAAGCACAAAUAGAUUUUUAAACUUAAGACUCUGCUUUUUAGACAUUUUAAUAUCAGUUUUUUUGGCAUUUUGUAGCAUGAAUCAAAAAAAAAAAAGAGUGGAAAAUAAGAACAUUUGCCGGCGUGAAUGUAAAUAACUUCUCCACUGUUUGCAUGUGUGGAGAAAAAGACUCCUUUAGCUACUUUUUUAUUGCAUGAUGGCAUUUCGAACUCGACCACCCACCCCUUCUGUGUUGAUUCGGGGUGUUUUUGUUUUUGUUUAUUUCUGUCUUUCACUCCAUUGGAUGGACCUCUUGAGAUCUCCCGUCAAACCAACAGAUGUUGAGCAUUCCUCAUUAAAAAGUUCCUCUUUGA